AUGUGUUAUCCUUUGUCUACAGAGUCUGUGACCCGUCAGGUGUCGACUGAUCCAGCGCCGUCCACUUCUGGCACUCCUGCGCAUUACCCUCGGCCACCACCUACCGAAUUAUUGCAAUUGGAACCAGACGAAGGUCAAAGACUAAGAGAGCAACAAUUGCGAACAUUCUCGUUCUUCCAACUGAGGGUACAUUUGAAAAGAGGCCAAAACUUAGUAGCUAUGGACAAAAAUGGUUUGUUGUCAGGCACGAGUGAUCCCUACGUCAAGUUUAAAGCUGGGGGCAGACUGCUGCACAAAUCCAGGAUAGUGUACAGAGACCUGAAUCCAGUGUGGGAUGAGUGCUUCACUGUACCUAUUGAAGAUCCCUUCCAGCCGGUGCAGAUAAAGGUUUUCGACUACGACUGGGGUCUACAAGAUGACUUCAUGGGCUCCUGUCACCUGGACCUGACCGCCCUAGAACUUGGCAGGACGCAGGACCUAGUACUGUGUCUCCGAGACCCUGGGAAGCCGACUCAAGAUAUGGGAGAGAUCGUGCUGAAUGUGACACUGUGGCCAAAGUCCCAAGAAGAUAAGGAACAGCAUUUCACUUUAGCGGCGUCGGCGGCACUCCCUGGCUCGAUGGCGCCCUGGUAG